CUGUGCACACGUCGUAAGCGAACAUCGCACUUAGUCCGGCUAGGACGAGCGCAUCUGCUCCUCGCGUUUUAUUAAUUACACGAUUUAAAAUGAAGUUAUAUUUACUAGUGUUUGUUGUAACCGUCCUGAACGUUCAGUGUAAAGCUAGUUUAUUAAAAGGUUUCUUGGGUGGAGCUGUAGAAAUAAAUUCUCAAAUUCAUGAUGCUGCACACGGUGUUGCUGAUGCCAUUUUGGGAGGAGUUUCUCAAGUUCUGAACCAUCAUCACAGACCGCCGCAUAGACAUGAGAAACCUGAGACGGUUGUCGUCGUAGUGGAGGAAGAUGGACCCAACGACGGCCCGCCUGGCCCAGGGUACGGUCGACCUACUCAAAACGGAUACGACCCUCCAGUGUAUGACAACCGUCCUCCGCAUAAACCUGGACACCAUCACCAGCAGGGUCAUUAUGGUCAUCACGGCAACCAAGGUCAGAAUUAUAACCAAAACGGUAAUGGGAAUCAUAAUAACCAAUAUGGAAAUCCUGGUAACCAAUAUGGAAAACCAAACAACCAAUAUGGAAACCCUAAUAAUCAAUAUGGAAAACCCAACCAACAACAUGAUAAUCCUGAUAAUCAAUAUGGAAAGCCCAACAACCAGUACGAAAACCCUAGCCAGCACGGUAACAACAAUAAACCACACAAUCAAUAUGGACACCAAGACCAUGGUAAUAACGGCAAUGUUCAUAAUAAACCAAAUAAUCAGUAUGGAAACCAAAACAACCAACACGGAAAACCAAACAGACCAUACGGAACUCCUAACAACCAAUACGGGAAUAACAAUAACAACUAUGGCAAUACCAACAAUCAAAAUCAAUAUCCCAACAACCAAAAUGGAAACCCUGGUAAUCAAAACGGAAACUUCAACAACCAAUUUGGAAACCCUGGCAACCAGGACGGUAACUUUAAUAACCAAUUCGGAAAGCCUAAUCAAAAUAGUGGGUACAACAAUCGACCAACAUCUGAGAAACCGUACCAAGGAGAAUUUCAAGAUCAAAGUAGUUACAAACCUGAAGUAAACAAGCCUUUUGCGAGUACUACUAAAGCCCCUACAGGCAGCUAUGGGUACAGUAACCAGAAACCGAACAACAAUGGCGCUAAUUUCGAUGAAAAUAGCCCAGAACUGUCCACGAAAAAACCCAUAAAAGAUGAUGAAUAUCCUCUAUUUGUGCCACUCGGACCCAACGACUAUGUUUACGGCGGUGACAAAAUACAAGUCAAUGCCCCCAAAAGAGAAACAGAUAACAGUAAACCAACCGAUGAAGACGAAGACUUACCUUUAGAUGUAAGGAUAAAAAAUCCAUAAACUUAAAAAUAGAUUAGAUAUAAGUCAAAGUGUUUACGAAAAUAAAAAAUAAUGUGAAAU